GUCGCUGCACCUCCCGGAAGUUGCUACGUCUGUAAAUGCCUUCCUCCUGAGAGUUAAAGGGAGAGUUAGGGUUAGACUGCGACCAGUUAACUUGACUAGCUAGGCAGUUUUUGUGUUGAGUUAAUUGAAUUUUGGGAAAAUCUAGCAUGGAGUUCUAUUUAUAAGUUAAUUUUAUAUUUGAAGAGACGUCCGAAAGGCGACAUGGAUAAUCAGAUUGAAACGGCCCAGUGUUGCCCAGACAGUGUCUCUCAGUGCUCUGUCACCAUCUCCGACUUUUCAGACGAGAUUAUGCUAAAUAUCCUGCGGUACAUCCCAAGUCACGACCUGAUGGUCAGCGUAAACCGGGUGUGCCAGAAAUUUCGGAUAUUAUGUCUAGACAAGAGCUUGACGACCCACAUACACCUGCACAAAGAGUACUCGGCGACCGAUGAAGCGGUCAAGCGCCUCCUGAAGGAGGUGUCCGGCGACGUGCGCACACUGAACGCAAGCGGCUGCUACUGGCUGUCUGGCUCAACGCUGGAGCAGGUGACGCGCUGCAGCGGUGUGGUGCGCCUGGACGUGACGGGCUGCCGCGUGACCCCGACGCGCCUCUCUCGGCUGCUGGGCUCGCUGCGCGCGCUGCGGGCGCUGGCACUGGACGUGGGGCCAGGAUUCGCGCUUCAGCAGCUGAGCGCCGAGGGCAAGGCGGCACUGGCACGGCUGCGCGAGCUGCAGCAGACGCUGCUGGCAGCGUCGUACGGCGUGGUUCCCUGCUGUAGCGGCCUGCGCAGCCUACACCUCUACCUGGAGGCGGGCGAGGGGCGGCAGGAGGCAGGCGGCUGCGCCCAGCUGAUGGUGGGCCAGAGCAGCGUGCCGCACUACCAGAACCUGCGCUGGUUUUCGGCACGGCUGGCGCCGGGCGAGGUCAACCGCACGCUGCUCGCCCUAUACCUGGCCGUCUUCAGCCUCAGCGUGCCCUCCGGCCUGGCUGGCCUAGUGGUGUUUGUGCCGGGACCGGCGCCACCCAGACCUGGCGCGGUGGCGGCGCUGACAGAGCGCAUGGCGGCGGCAGACGGGAGCAUAGUCCGGGCCCUGCAGCUACCACGCACCUGGUUGGACGGCGCCAUGCUGGGGCGGGUGCUGGCACAUGGCUGCCCCGCCUACCUGAACGUGUCGCGCUGCUCGACGCCGGGCUUCAACCCCCUCCAUGUGUUGCUGGGAGCCGGGCGCGACCUCUCACCCCUGCGCAGCCUCAAUCUGCGUGGGUGCGGGUGUGGCCCACCUGUGGACGGCAGUGGGAAGGGCGAGGAGACGAUGGAUGGCGAGAGCGUGCGGGCGCUGGUGCGGGCGUGCCCCGACCUUGUGCGCCUGAAUCUGUCAGCUACGCACUACCACCACGCCCCCCCAGCCGGGCAGGACGGGCACCUGUGCCGAGCACUGGGUUGUCUCGCCCACCUGCGCUCGCUGGCGCUGCCUGCCUGUGCACUGGCCCCGCGGGCGCCCGAGACGGCAGCGGCGCGCCCGGAUUUGGGCCUCCCCUCGAGCUCACCGCUCUUCGGACUGAAGAAGGCUCGGCGCGUGGGCGUGCCCAUCUACCAGCCGUGCUCGGAGGACGCGGCACAUCAGGGCGAGGACCCGGCGGAGGCGUCCUGCUUUCGUCCGCUGCUGGAGGGCUGCCCCCACCUGGCUGAGCUGGAGCUCAUCGGCGCCGGCUUCUCGUCGGCCAUGCCGCGAAAUGAGCCAGCCAUCCGCAAGGACCCCGCAGCUUGCCCCUGGUCAUGCCUGAUCGGAGACGCACAGCUGGCGGUUUUGGGGAAGCUGAGGUUUUUGCGCAGGCUCACCUUGGCCCAUCUGCCAGGGGUGCUGAAAGGGACCGGACUCAUACAGCUCGCUCAGGGAUGUAAGGACCUUCAGGCGUUAUCGCUGGCCAACCUUGGAUCCUUAAAAACUGUCAACUAUACGCAGGCCUUGCAGGAGGUGCUCGUGCACUGCACACAACUCAGGGACUUGAGGCUGGAACAGCCGUACUUCAACGCCAACGCCGCGUUCUUCGAGGCGCUCGCCCACUGCCGCCGUCUUCGCCGUCUCUGUCUGGUCUCACGUCACGGGACCUUCCAACCCGCCGCCGCCGCCGCCUUCGUGCAGCGCUCCACCAGCCUCAUCAUGUGUCACAUGUUCAUGGGCGGGACUCUGGCAGCCUGCAAAGCGCUGCAGAAGACCCUGUUGGACAGCCUGUCUGCGUCGCGGCCUGCCCUGAGCGUGGUGGUGUACCCGCUGCUGCACGAAGACCUGAGCCACGUGAUUAGAGAGAUGCCGCUCUGCCACCUGGACGAGAUCACACUCUUCAAGAGCCGCGUGGCCGAGGAGCCCCCCCUGCUGGUCGAAGAGGCACGCGCAGACUGAAGAGCAGGCAAUGCCCUCCAACGGUGGCCGUUUCACCAAAUAUUGUUUACACUGAGAAGCUGCUUCUUUUCAUCCAAUUCAAGUGAGUGGAUGUGCGUACACUGCAAGUGGAUGCUGGAUUUGUUCUAGCCAUCCUGAACAGCUGAACUGGACAAUCAUUUGGCCAAACAUUCAUUUCAAAUUGUGAUCAUCUUUAGCUGUUGAGACGCAGGUGUUUUUUGUGGGAGAGAGACAGUCCAUACUAAAGACCGGGCUUGAAAAAUGUCUGUACAAUCUGUGCCAAAAUGAGACAUGAAAUAAAGAAAGGUGCUGUUGACGUA